AUGAGAAGUUAUGGGAAAGAGUAUAUUACAGCAUCUCUAAUUCGUGAAUUUCUAAUGAUCGUCGUGUUCUGCAUACUGGAUCCGGUACUAUUCUAUGUUUUUCCCGAAAGUGUGCCAAUCCCUAUGUUGUGCGGAGCUGAGCAUCCUCUAUUCGCUGGGAUAAAGCUUUUCCUCUGCAGGGGCCUUGUGCAAAUGGAUUCCUCGUCAAGCCUAAACGAAUGGGUGGGGGAAGGGGGGUGUGGACACACUUGCGCGAAUUCGGGUAACGGCUACAAGGGAGAAAUCGAAAGGAAACUGUACCCGACCAGGGAUGGACGUAAACUCUGGCUACUUACUGGAGCUUCGACCAACCACCACCGGUCAAUGGAGCUUUUGGGCCACCCCUUACUCUACCAUUAUUAUAGGGCUAUUCUGUUGAUUCUUCUCCAAACAGGAACCACCGAUUUACAAAUUUCAUUAACCACAGAAUUUAGUGAGCGGCGCCAAAUCUUUCUAUGGAUUGCUUCUUUCGCCUCUUUCGCCGUCAAAGUGCCUAUGGUACCAGUUCAUAUUUGGUUACCCGAAGCUCAUGUAGAGGCACCUACGGCAGGAUCCGUCAUCUUGGCAGGAAUUCCUUUAAAAUUGGGAACCUACGGGUUUUUAAGAUUUUCAAUACCCAUGUUUCCCGAAGCGACACUUUGUUCCACUCCUUUCAUUUAUACUCCAAGCGCGAUUGCUAUAAUAUAUACUUCCUCGACCACUUUAAGACAGAUCGAUCUUAAGAAGAUCAUAGCUUACUCCUCAGUAGCUCAUAUGAAUCUGGUGACUAUUGGCCAGCUCAGUUCUCUUAUCCAUCGGUCCAAUGCACUGGGCUCAUCUCAUGGAGGGAAAAGCCAAAAUGUAGUUGUCUUGUUCGCCGCCUCGACGCAUUCCCUUCUCUCCCCGGUAUCGUCCCACACAGAAAGAAAGAGCGCAGAGCCCCGGCCUAUAACUAAGAUUGUCCAGUCCAGCGGCGCAGCGCAAACGAACGUGAGCUGCUAUACCGAAUCCCCCGCUGGCCAUCGGGGACCGAGUGGUGCACGAACGGACAACUCCAAACGUCAUACAUCCGCCGCCUACCUACCGUUUAGGUGGCACCAGCGAGAUCCAGCUAAGGUAAGGUCGUGUCGCGGCUGCUCCACUCCGCUGCGGUCUGAUGAACUUCACUUCGUUGCCUUCCCGCGCGCGAAGCGAAUGGGCGCUGUGCCGUGGGGAAUUGGAGGUAGCAUUCUACCGAUGUCAAGUCAUGGACUGGUUUCUUCAGCCCUUUUUCUAUGUGUUGGUGUUCUAUAUGACCGACAUAAGACUCGACUUGUUAGAUAUUACGGAGGUUCAGUGAGCACCAUGCCGAAUCUCCCUACCAUUUUCUUCUCUUCCACUUUGGCCAAUAUGAGUUCACCUGGUACUAGCAGUUUUAUCGGGGAAUUUCUCAUCUUAGUAGGAGCUUUCCAAAGAAAUAGCUUAGUAGCGACAUUAGCAGCGCUUGGGAUGAUUUUAGGCGCGGCCUAUUCCCUUUGGCUAUAUAAUCGUGCGGUUUCUGGGAAUUUCAAACCCGAUUUCCUCCAUAAAUUCUCCGAUCCAAAUGGCAGAGAAGUUUCCAUAUUUAUACCUUUUCUUGUUGGAGGGGCGACCCCUUACCGCUCCGUGGGCUUCACCAUGAUACGGACUCCAAAGUCAAUUGCAUCGAACCGCUCCGUGGGCCUCUCGAUCUUUUUCGUAGUUGAGAAGGAGUCUAAAUCAAUGAACAUUAAUGAACCAUCAUUGAUGGACAAGUUGCUUACUUUCCUAGUAGCGAAGGAAAAGGGCAGGGCUUUUUUCUCCAUAAUAGUGGUCCGGUCUCAUUCAAUCUAUUUAGGCCGUCGGAAUCAUUUUCGGUCGAAGGACCAUUCAAUUCAUCGGCGACCUCGCCUGGCGCCAUUCCCGGACCUAGCAGCAGACGGGCGGGCCGUGCCUGAAUUCAGACCGGACCAGACUCUUCUUUGUUUGAGCUGCUCCCACGCAGACCGGAAGAUCUCACACUGGAACAAGUACGUAGAGAUCUUCGUGGGACCGUGGAGGGAGUCGCAAUCGGUCUUUUCUAGGAUUCCUUAUCACGCCACACAUGGAGAUUUUUCCGAUAAGACCGUUAGGUGCCUGCUUCUACGGAAGAGGUUGACUUUGUACCACCCGGAGAUCGGAAUCCGGAGCGAUAAGAACGAAAGGGUUGGUGUGGCCACAGUUACAACUACUAGCGCUUCAAAAGGCUUAGAUUCUGCAACAUGGGAAAUUUCAUUGAGAGGAAUCAGCAAAGAAAAGAAAGAUUCUCCGGGAAUUGGUAUAUCGAUCAAGUGGAAUAUGAUAUAUGUGAAAAUAUGUCAACAUCACUGGAAUCAGCAUAAGAUUUGGAUUCCAUCAACUCGUAGUCCUACGUACGAUAUUAAAAAAAAACGCGCGAUUGAUUCCCACGAGCUAAAGGUCAAUACGAGCGUUGCACUAGCGAAAUCUAAAGGAUUUGUAUCCCCACACAUCCUGCUUGUAGUAUUGUAUUGUCAUCCGAGAAAUUAUCUAGUUGUAGGCUCAGAGGCUUCCGUUAAAAGAAAAGGUGGGUACGGUUUUCCUAUCCUCGCCCUCGGCAAAGCAAAGCAGACAAGGGCCGAGAAGAGCACGGCAAUGCGGAAGUCAACGAAGCGAAGUCCGGAAGUACGGUUCAAUUUCCUACUGGAGGUAAGGCCCGGGACAAAGGUUUUGAUAAGUCAAUAUUGUUGCUUUCUCGGCUAUUCCAAUAGAAAUGAUGGAAAUUCUCGUAUAGUAGUAGACGGCAGUAGAUCCUACAAUGGUAAGGUUUUCAACGGCAACUUCGAUUGCGCCCCAUCUCUACUUCGAGAAAAAGGUUCUAUCCUCGGAUUCGCAAUAGCGACAAAGAAAAAGGAAGGGGUGGAUCUAUGUUCCAGACCAGGGCACCACUCCUCUUAUUACCCUGAAAAGGAAACAACUCACUUCUUGCGGAAUGAUAGAUCCGUUUGUCUUGCUCUACCUCGCAAGGACUUCUACCAUCCCUCUUUUUCUAAAUUGUUGUUCGCAUAG